GCGGAUAUAGUGAAUGCAGGGUCUGGGGAGACCAGGUAUAGUGAAUGCAGGGUCUGGGGAGACCAGGUAUAGUGAAUGCAGGGUCUGGGGAGACCAGAUAUAGUGAAUGAAGGGUCAGGGGAGACCAGAUAUAGUGAAUGCAGGGUCCUGGGAGACCAGAUAUAGUGAAUGCAGGGUCUGGGGAGACCAGGUAUAGUGAAUGCAGGGUCCGGGGAGACCAGAUAUAGUAAAUGCAGGGUCCGGGGAGACCAGAUAUAAUGAAUGCAGGGGUCGAGGGAGAGCAGAUAUAGUGAAUGCAGGGUCCGGGGAGACCAGAUAUAGUGAAUGCAGGGUCCGGGUA